UCGACCUCACACCCUCCAUCCCUCUGUUUCUUCCUCUUCUCCCUGAUUAUCUAGUGGCUGGUCUUCCACAAGCCGUACUGCGAGGACAUCAGGCAGAAAGCAUGCUAUGUCUACUGGUGCUCACAUCUGUGGUGCUGUUAAGUGCAGCCCCCCAGUCAGAGGCUAUAUCGGUGUAUACAGGCUGGGAGGCACAUGGUCUGGCAGGUUCGGACAUCAGGCUGUCCUGCUCUUUCUUCUCAUGGCGAUUUACCUCUGAUGAUGUUACCUUUUCCUGGAACUACAGACCAGAUGGGGCCAAAGACAGCAUUGCAAUUUUCCAUUACACAAAUCAAGUUCCCUAUGUGGACAAUAAGGGACCAUUCCGAGAUCGUCUAGAAUUUGUGGGCAACCCUGCCCGCCGUGAUGGAUCUAUCCUAAUCCGAAAUCUGGACUACAGCGACAACGGGACCUUCACCUGUGAUGCCAAGAACCCUCCAGACAUAGUGGGCAUACCUUCCAGUGUACGACUUCUAGUAUUUGAGAAAAUUCCGAUUCAGGCUGGUGUGAUCACAGGAGCAAUUAUAGGUGUGGUUCUGGGUUUGCUGAUCCUUGUGGUGGCUAUUUACUAUUUGAUGCGUUUCCUGGUGGCCAAACGUGUCUUCAGCCUGAGUGUGAGCAAACAUGGUAAGAAAGGCAAAGGGAAAGAAGGAUCGCAGCAAAAACAGUACGGCCGAGAGAGCAGCCCUGCGGCUAAUAAAUACAAUGGAAAGAAAAAAAGAAAAGAAAAAAAUUUGGACGAGCUGAAGAAAGAGGUUUCUUUGGAUGAUCAUAAGCUGUCUCUGGAAGAACUGUCAGCUCGCUAUGAAGUGGAUCUGCUGAAAGGUCUGACCAAUAAGAGGGCACAGGAGAUUCUGGCACGGGAUGGGCCUAAUGUUCUGACUCCGCCUCCCACCACCCCAGAAUGGGUGAAGUUCUGUAGGCAGUUGUUUGGAGGGUUCUCCAUCCUCCUCUGGGUUGGGGCCCUGCUCUGCUUUCUCGCAUAUAGCAUUCAGUUUGCAACCGAAGAUGAACCAGUUAAUGACAAUUUGUAUUUGGGAGUGGUCCUGGCUGCUGUGGUCAUCGUCACUGGUUGUUUCUCCUAUUACCAAGAGGCCAAAAGUUCACGAAUCAUGGACUCCUUUAAGAACAUGGUGCCACAGCAAGCCAUUGUGAUCCGAGAGGGUGAGAAGAGACAGAUCAAUGCAGAGGAGGUGGUUGUGGGAGAUGUGGUUGAAAUAAAAGGAGGCGAUCGCAUCCCAGCUGACCUACGGUUCAUCUCCUCAAGUGGCUGCAAGGUAGACAAUUCCUCUUUGACAGGCGAGUCUGAGCCUCAAACUCGCUCCCCAGACUUCACCCAUGAAAACCCCCUUGAGUCCAGAAACAUUGGUUUCUUCUCCACCAACUGUGUAGAGGGCACGGCUCGUGGCAUUGUAAUUGCGACCGGCGAUCAUACAGUUAUGGGGCGCAUAGCUACACUGGCCUCAGGGUUGGAGGUGGGUCAGACACCCAUCAAUUUGGAGAUCGAGCAUUUCAUCCACAUCAUCACUGGUGUGGCCGUCUUUCUUGGUGUCUCAUUCUUCAUCCUUUCCAUCAUCCUUGGCUACACCUGGCUGGAGGCUGUCAUCUUCCUCAUCGGAAUAAUUGUUGCUAAUGUGCCUGAAGGACUGCUGGCCACCGUCACAGUGUGUCUGACUCUAACAGCAAAGCGUAUGGCACGCAAGAACUGUUUGGUGAAGAACCUGGAGGCUGUAGAGACUUUGGGUUCCACCUCCACAAUCUGCUCAGAUAAAACAGGAACUCUAACUCAGAAUCGCAUGACUGUGGCCCACAUGUGGUUUGACAAUCAGAUUCAUGAGGCAGACACUACAGAGGACCAGUCAGGUUCUGGCAGCUUUGAUAAGACCUCUCCCACUUGGACUGCUUUAGCACGUGUAGCAGCACUAUGCAACCGUGCGGUCUUUAAACCAGGACAGGAAGAUAUUCCUAUACUUAAGCGGGACACAGCUGGAGAUGCAUCCGAAUCUGCACUGCUAAAGUGUAUUGAGCUCUCCUGUGGGUCUGUGAGGGUAUUCAGAGACAAUAAUUGCAAAGUAGCAGAAAUUCCCUUCAAUUCCACCAACAAGUAUCAGCUGUCAAUCCAUGAAAUUGAAGACAGUCCAACAGGGCAUGUGCUGGUGAUGAAAGGAGCUCCAGAAAGAGUUUUAGACAGGUGCAGUACUAUAAUGAUCAAUGGGCAAGAGAUUCCUCUGAAUGACGACUGGAAAGAUGCAUUCCAGAGUGCCUACAUGGACCUAGGGGGUCUGGGAGAGAGAGUUUUGGGUUUCUGCCACUUGAUGCUGUCACCCUCUCAGUUCCAACGGGGCUUUGUGUUUGACUGUGAUAACAUCAAUUUCCCCAUGGACCAGAUGUGCUUCCUGGGUCUCAUGUCCAUGAUUGACCCUCCCAGAGCGGCUGUACCUGAUGCUGUGGGCAAGUGUCGCUCUGCUGGAAUUAAGGUGAUCAUGGUAACUGGAGACCAUCCAAUAACAGCUAAGGCUAUUGCUAAAGGUGUUGGCAUCAUCUCUGAGGGCAAUGAGACAGUGGAGGACAUUGCGGAGAGACUUAACAUCCCUCUCAGUCAAGUUAACCCUCGAGAUGCCAAGGCAUGUGUAGUGCAUGGAGCUGAUCUAAAAGAGAUGAGUUCAGAGUAUCUGGAUGAUCUCCUGAGGAAUCAUACUGAGAUUGUUUUUGCCCGGACCUCUCCACAGCAGAAACUCAUCAUUGUAGAGGGCUGCCAGAGACAGGGUGCUAUUGUGGCAGUAACUGGUGAUGGGGUGAAUGACUCUCCUGCCCUUAAACGAGCUGACAUUGGCAUUGCCAUGGGAAUUGCAGGAUCUGAUGUCUCCAAACAAGCAGCUGACAUGAUCUUGCUGGAUGACAACUUUGCAUCCAUUGUGACAGGAGUGGAGGAGGGUCGUUUAAUCUUUGAUAACCUGAAGAAGUCAAUAGCCUACACUCUGACCAGCAACAUCCCUGAAAUCUCUCCUUUUCUGCUUUUCAUCAUUGCUAGUGUCCCUCUGCCUCUGGGCACUGUCACCAUCCUCUGCAUUGACCUGGGAACUGACAUGGUUCCUGCCAUUUCCCUGGCUUAUGAAUCAGCUGAGAGUGACAUUAUGAAGCGUCAACCCCGAAACCCCAAAACUGACAAAUUGGUCAACGAGAGACUCAUUAGUAUGGCAUAUGGGCAGAUUGGUAUGAUCCAGGCCCUGGCUGGGUUCUUCACCUACUUUGUAAUCUUGGCAGAAAAUGGCUUUCUGCCACGCGUGCUUCUGGGAUUACGUUUGGGCUGGGAUGACCGUAAUGUCAAUGACCUUGAGGACAGCUAUGGGCAGCAAUGGACCUACGAGCAGCGUAAAGUCAUAGAGUUCACCUGUCACACGUCCUUCUUUGUGAGCAUCGUGGUGGUGCAGUGGGCUGACGUCAUCAUCUGCAAGACCCGCAGAAAUUCCCUCUUUCAGCAGGGCAUGAAGAAUCGGAUUCUGAUCUUUGGUCUGUUUGCUGAGACUGCGCUUGCUGCCUUCCUGUCCUACUGCCCUGGAAUGGAUGUUGCUUUGCGAAUGUACCCACUAAAGGUGUACUGGUGGUUCUGUGCUUUUCCAUACAGUCUUCUAAUCUUCAUCUAUGAUGAAAUCCGUAAAUGUAUUCUGAGGAGACGUCCUGGAGGUUGGGUGGAACAGGAGACCUACUAUUAACCAGAAAUGAAUAUUAACUUACAUAAAUGAUGUUAUGGAUAUGUUUCUACAUACAUAACCAAAAGAAGAAGAUUGCAAUGUGUUAUUCAUUAGAUAUAAAUAAUAGCUUGAGUGAUAGUAAGAAAUACCAAAAAGAAAAAGUAGUUGCAUUUAUUUAUUGCAAUUCAUAAAGCAAUUCAUGGUGUACACCAGUUUUAUCAGUUAAAUAUGGAUUAGUAUUUAAGGUGUAUAAAGAGCAAUGGCCAUUACUCUCCAGAACAGUCCAAUAGCUCAAAAACUACUUUUUCAGUUUAUGGCAUAAGUAUCUUAUUAGAUACUUUAUUAUGACUACCAAUUCAAUUUGAUUUAUUUAACAAUGGGGAUUUGUGUUGAAUAACUGUCUUUUAAAUAAUUGAAACUAUGUUUUACAAUAUUUGUUGUUUACUGUGUGCAAUAUCUUUUGUUUUAUCAUCAAAAAUUAUUCAUUGACAAAUAUUCAGUAACAGGCAUUUGAAAAAGGGCCAAAAUCUUUUUAGACCCCUGUACCUGGUAAAAUUGAAAAAGUAGCAUUAUUAUUGUUUACUUAAAGAAAAAUACUUCAUAAUUAGUAAGUGUUUCUAACAUGUGUUCCCAUGAUCCUUCACUUAAACCUUAAUAAUAAUCCAAAGUCAUAAUGUCAGGUCAAGUCACACAAGAUAUUUAGACCUGCUUCAUAGAUCAUUUUGAUCUGACAGCUCAGACUUGAUUGUUUACUGACAUGCUAUUAGCCACUAUUAGUGUAAUUUGUACAUAGAGGAUAAGAUGUGACUGAAAAUAAUAUAUCACAAUGUUUCAAGCUGUUCUUAAUAAUAUAUUCAAGAAAUGUUUGUAUGACCAGAAGCUAUAUACGUACGCAGCUUUAAUGAGAUAUUAUUAUUUUGGAUGGACAUAAUCAGAAUUACGGUGUCGCCUACCUCAUCUCUGAAAUGACUAACAUUUUACAUUUAAAAGUUAUAAACAUCUUGGGGAGGAGAUAAAAACAAUUAAAAUUUGAAUUGCUAUAGCAAAAUAUUUUCUUUAUUGCAAGAAAAAUAUUUCCUGAAACUUCAUAAUUUCAUUUUUUAAAAUGUGAUUUUAGAGAUUAUACUUAGCUUUGAAAUUUUGCACAGUCCCUCCUAUCUGCCUUUUACUGUUACUCAAUAGAAAGCAUACACGAAAUUUUGUUUGCUGUUUACUUCGUCAUAGUCUCUUCUUCUGUCAUGACGUUUUAGGACUCCUUUCAAACUUUUUGUUUCACGGUCUUGCUGUGCAGCUU